AUGGAAAAUCUCACACCAGAGCAAUGGCGCGAAAUUGUGAACAAGAAGAUGCAGAUGCCUCCAGAGCUCAUCGGUGCCAUCCAGGAGGGCAAAAUAGAGCUGGUGUGUGGGCUGUUGAAGACGGGUGAUGGCAUCAUUCGCCAGCUGGAUGACUCUGAGGACCGUCUGUGGCGGGAGGCCCUAAAUUUGUCCAUCCGACUGGGAAGCGAAGAUACCAUGGAUGCCCUCCUGCAAGGGGUCAAGUUCGACUUCCGUCAAAUCCAUGAGGCGCUUUUGGUGGCUGUGGACACAAACCAGCCCCGAGUGGUGAAGCGACUGCUUGACCGACUGGACCAGGAGAAAGGCAACAAGAUGGAUGUGCGUUCAUUCUCUCAGGCCAUCUUUGACCACUCUAUUGACAACUCUCAGUUUGCGCCAGGGGUGACUCCUCUGACCUUAGCCUGCCAAAAGGACCUGUAUGAGAUAGUCACCAUGCUCUCCCAGAAAGGUCACGUCAUCCCAUGGCCACACAAGAUCUCCUGUGCCUGUCUGGAGUGUCGUAAUGGCCGACAGUACGACCUGCUUAAGUUCUCUUUGUCCCGGAUCAACACCUACCGUGGCAUCGCCAGUCGUGCUUACCUGUCCAUCACCUCCGAAGAUGCCAUGCUCAGUGCUUUUAGUCUCAGCAAGGAGCUCCGCAAACUCUCAAAGAAGGAGCCGGAGUUCAAGCCGCAGUAUCUUGGCCUGGAGCAGCUCUGUCAGGAUUUUGCUGUGGAGUUGCUGGGGAUGUGUCGCAACCAGAGUGAGGUCACCACUAUUCUCAACAGCUGUGGAGGCGAGAGCCAGGAUGUCCAGGAACAACAGGCCUUUGAGGAGGGCAUCCCUAACCUGUCACGUCUGAGGCUUGCUGUCAACUACAACCAGAAGCAGUUUGUUGCCCAUCCCAUCUGCCAGCAGGUGUUGUCAUCUAUCUGGUGUGGGAACCUCUCAGGCUGGAGGGGCAGCCGGACCGCCUGGAAGCUGCUAGUCUCCGUGGGGAUCUUUCUUACCAUGCCCCUCCUCUGCCUCAUCUACUGGAUUGCGCCCAAGUCCAAGGUAGGAAAGAUACUGAAGAUACCUGUGAUCAAGUUCCUUCUACACUCGGCCUCCUACCUGUGGUUCCUCAUCACACUGCUCGGAGAGUCAAUAAUAAUGGAAAUGUAUCGAGACAAGUUUGCUUCACGCCAGCAGAACAUCCUGCACAGUUCAUUCCACAUGGUGUGGGUUGUGGGGUUCUUUUGGUAUGAAUGUAAAGAAGUGUGGAUAGAGGGGCUGCGAAGUUACUUCCUGGACUGGUGGAACUGCUUAGACAUGAUGGUUCUCAGCAUGUACCUGGCCUCUUUUGCUUUACGUGUGCUCGUCAUGCUCAAAGGUCACUUCCUCUGCCAUGAUCCUAGCGGUGUAGAGGAAUGUGUCUACUUCACCCAGACUGUGCGGGAUGAGUGGCAUCAGGAGGACCCCCAGCUUAUUGCAGAGGUGUUGUUUGCAGUGACCAGCAUGUUGAGUUUCACUCGCUUGGCAUAUAUCCUGCCAGCUCAGGAGUCUUUGGGGACCCUGCAGAUCUCAAUAGGAAAGAUGAUUGAUGAUAUGAUGAGAUUCAUGUUUAUACUGAUGAUCAUUGGAACAGCCUUCCUCUGUGGUAUCAACAACAUCUACGUCCCUUAUGUCAUCUCUCCACAUCUUGGCAGGUUUAAUGAGACCUUCCGCUUCCUGUUCUGGACUAUGUUUGGCGUGGCCAACCAGGACUACGUGGAUAUGCCAGAGUUUGUGAUAGCUGAGUUCGUGGGAAGGAUUCUGUAUGGGAUCUUCACUCUGGUCAUUGUGAUCGUGUUACUAAACAUGCUAAUUGCUAUGAUCACCAACUCCUUCCAGAAAAUUGAGGAUGAUGCUGAUGUGGAGUGGAAGUUUGCCAGAUCAAAGCUGUAUCUAAGUUACUUCCGAGAGGGCCUUACCAUGCCUGUGCCUUUCAAUAUCAUUCCUUCUCCCAAAGCUACCUUUUACUUCAUUAGAGGCUUUUUUAGGCUAAUCUGCUGCUGCUGUGAUUGUAAACCUGAGACAAAAUAUCCCCCCAUAGCCUCAAUGUCUAACACAAGGCGACCGAACGGCAGGGGACCUGAAGAUACCCUGACGCCUUACAGGCAGCAGGUGAUCGGAGCUCUGGUGCAGCGCUACAUUGAGUCAGCUCGCCGUGAGUUUGAGGAGACCAAAAGAAAAGAUAUUGGUAAUCGGAUCACGGAGCUAAGCAAAGUUGUGGGCAGGCUCCACAAUGAUAUGAAACUAGUGCAACAACUUCUGGUGGACGACGGCUACAUGGUAGGGAAUGGGUCCAGCAAAGAUGGGUCUUCCAUCCUGGGUAAAUACAUCAUUGGUGCCAGGAAUAACUUCAGGGGUUUCAACAAUAGGACUGAUGACAGACAUUCGAGACUUCAAGUGACUGUGCACCACGGAGUGGAGGAACUUGCUCCACAACGAGACAGCGAGGAGAGUCUGGAAAAGGCUGAAUCAUUUGACAUAAAGCAACGGAUAAACAUAACACAGACAGGAAAGAGUGAGGACAGCCAAGAUGGAGCAGAGAGAUCAAAGCAAAAUGGCGACGCCGACAUUGUUAAUAUGGAGGAAGGAAGGGCAAAAGGUGAUGGUGGGAAGCAAAUAGACAAAAAAAGGCAGGCGGAAAAAGUUGAAAAUAUAAACUAUGUUGUGAAAGUGGAAAGGGCAACGAGUUUUAUCACAAAGGCAGACAAAAAGGUAGAUGCAAAUGCUGUACAAGAUGAGGGGGAAGAAAAACGAGGCGAGAGACUCAAAGUAGGGGAGGUGGAUGGUAAACACACAGAGAAACCAGCUGCACCAACUGCACAUGGGGGAGGCGAGAACAAUCAGAAGACAGACAAAGUGGAUAUGAAUGGGGUAGAAAUUAAGAUAAAAGACAUAGAGCUUAAGGAAAAAAAAGCAGAGGCAAAAUGGAUGAUGGGUAGAAAGGUGGAGCACAGCGUGACAGAGAAAGCCGGCAUAAGGGAUGCUGCCGCAAAACCCGGAAGCAUGAAAGUGGUUCCCUCUCCAACCGGAAGCAGCAGCUCUCAGGACACCGGCUUUGGUUCACAGGAAGGGGAGGGCUCCAUCGACGGGACAUCGAUACGACCCUGAGCUCAGCGGCUCUCCGCUGACGGAUGGUGUUCGCCAUGGGAAGUCACCAUGGGGGUCAAUUUAGCACAGGGCACAUUUUUCAUUGAUAAACUGUAUCAAGGGCAACAGAUGGGAGUCAGUGUGCAGUGGCAAAGUACAAAACAAAUCAUGAUGCAGGUUCAGUCAGCAUAGUGGCCACAUACAAUAGCACACUAUAGGUCUUCUCAUUGUUCAGGGCAAGUGGCUUCUGACUGAUGUAGGAUCUGGCUUGGGUCCAAU